AUGGAUCUCGUUAACCACUUAGAAGGAAGACUCCUCUUCGCCGUGCCCAAAAAGGGCCGGCUGCAACAAGCAACCCUGGACCUCCUAGCCGGCUCCGACGUCCAAUUCCGUCGCGAAACCCGCCUCGACAUCGCCCUGGUCAAGAACCUACCCAUCGCACUCAUCUUCCUACCCGCCGCCGACAUCCCCACCUUUGUCGGAGAGGGUCGCGUCGACAUCGGUAUUACCGGCCGUGACCAGGUCGCCGAGCACGACGCUACUCUGCCUAAUGGUGAGGUCUCCGGCGUCGAAGAGAUCCUCGAUCUCGGUUUCGGCGGCUGCAAGCUGCAGGUGCAGGUCCCCCAGAAGGGCGAUAUCACCGAGGCCAAGCAGCUCAUUGGCCGCAAUGUGGUGACCAGCUUCACUGCACUGUCCGAUGCUUUCUUCCGCAAGCUUGAGGGCGCCGCGGCCGGCGAAAAGCUUCAGACCAAAAUCAAAUACGUUGGCGGUAGUGUUGAGGCUGCCUGCGCGCUGGGCGUUGCGGAUGGUAUUGUGGAUCUUGUUGAAUCCGGCGAGACCAUGAAGGCCGCUGGUCUCAAGGCCAUCGACACCGUCGUUGAGAGCACAGCCGUGCUGGUCAAGUCGCGCGGCUCGAAGAACGAGCUGCUCGACCUGAUUGCCGCGCGCAUUCGCGGAGUCAUCACCGCCCAGCGCUUCGUGCUGUGCCAGUACAAUAUUCCGCGGUCCGAACUGGCUGUCGCGGCCAAGAUCACCCCCGGCAAGCGGGCGCCCACCAUCACCGCGCUCGAGGAGGAGAACUGGGUGGCUAUCAGCUCGAUGGUCGAGAAGAAGCGCAUUGCGACUGUCAUGGACGAGCUGAUUAAGGUCGGGGCUACGGAUAUCCUAGUCUUAAACAUUGCCAACUCGCGCACGGAUUAA